AUGGCAAGGCCGAGUUUGGACCGACCGUUUCUGGUUCUGGUCGAGGCAGCACCCCAACCCAGUGCUUAUGCAGCUCUGAUAUCAUCGACGCGCCGAUGGCCAACGUUAAAAUCGACAUAUCCGUCCACCAUUCUCCCGACAUUGGCUAGCCCUGCCCCCGCGGCAUCCACAAUGCCUCCUAAAGCCAAGGGCAAGGGCAAAAAGCCAACUCGAACCACCAGCGCGUCCCAGUCGAAGAGCGUGUCGCGACCACAGACAGAACCAGAAACUGCACCAGCAACCCGGACAGAAACAGAACCCCGGUCGGAGCCGCAAGUGCCGGAAUUACCUCAGGAUGAGAACGAAGAGUUGAGCUUUGAGGACCACAUACAGAGCACACCAAAGAAGCAACCCCCUCCCAAGGCUCGAAGAGCUGCGGCCCAGGAAUCAGAAUCGCAAUCGCGGCCCCGCGGAGACAAUGCGCCCGAGGACGAGCUAGCCGAUGAGUCGGUCGAUACCCCGGGGGCAUCUAGAAAGGGUCAGAGGAGGAGAGGGAGAGUGUCAGAUUCCGUGCGCACCACCGGGGAGGAGGUGGAAUCCAUUGAAGGAUCGGUUGGCCCUUUGCAUAACACAACCGGCACCCACGAGGCUAGGCGGCAGGCUGGGCAGAAAGACUCACAAAGGAAAUCUGCUUCGGAUUCAACAGGUAAUGCCAAAUCGAAAGCAUCUGCCAAACUUCGUCCAUCAAGGCCAUUAGGGCCAAAGGGUAGGAAACAGACCAACGAUGCGCCGGAGCCGGCCCAGCAGCGCCGUCGCAAACCACCCUCACAGCAAAUCUCAGAGGCACCACACUCCGACUCCACGAAGCGCUCAGCCCAAACAACCACCCUGCCCUCCAGGCAUGCCGCCUCGGCGCACCCGCAAGAGGAGCCAGUCUCUUCGUCGAAAAAGCGCCGUCGGACAGAAGUCGACGCAAGAAACCCUCCACCUCCUCCAUCGCCCCCCAGGAAAUACCGCCGCAUAGCUCCCCGCAACCUCACCAUCCCCCGGACCAAAGUCGAGGAGUCUUGGACCCCCCUCCCCACCGCCUCCAUUACCAUCGCCUCCUCCCUCCUCCACCUCGCUGAGCGCCCCAUUCUCCAAGGCCUCUCGAACCCGAAACGGCGCAACCAAGCCGCCCAAGCCCUCCGUGUCGUAUCAAAACACCUCACCCGCCGCCUCACCCGCAACUUUCCCUUCCCACCGGCCCUCUCGCAAUCCUCCUCAUCCAACGCCGCCCGUCGCACCUCCGGCGGCCCGAACGGCAACGGUAACAAAAAGGGUCCAAAACCCGUCGUCGACCCACGCGACGAAGAACUCGACUUUGACCGCUGCGUCGCAGCCACGCAGUCCCUCGAACGCACCCAGGACACCCUACUCCACGGUAACCAGCUCCUCCGCGCCGAGCUCGCCCGCGAGGAGGCCGCCCUGGAACGCGACUACGCCGAUCUCGACUCCCUCGAGACCAACGCCCGCUCCGAGAUCCGCGGCCUGCGCGACGGCCUCCGCAAGGCGCACCCCCUCGUACCGCAGCCGCAGCCGCAGCCGCAGUCGCUGCCGGACGGACAAACCACCCUGGCCGAAUCCAGGGCGCGACAGGAAGCGACGUUCAGAGUAGGAGGUCCGGAAGGAGAGGGGCGCUCGGGUAGCGAUCCUCUCUUUCACGGACUCGAUCACCCUGAGCUCUCUGCCCUCCCCAUCCAGGUGGCUAGUCAUGUGGAGAGUAUGCGAACAAACCUACGUCCCAUUGCGGAUGUCUUCCCGGAGAUCACACGGAGCCGUGCUGCCUUGCGAGAUGUCCUGGCGAAGUAUCUUGAUACGCAACAAUACGACGACGUAAUCCUUGGUUGA